AUGACUUCAAACUCCGACCAGAGGCUGGACCACCUUCUGAGCGUGGUGGAGAGCGAGUUUCAAAAGGGCAACGAGAAAGGAGACGCCUCAGAGAGGGAUAUUAAACUGGGACUAGAAGAUGCAGAAUUAUGGACCAAGUUUAAAGAACUAACCAACGAAAUGAUUGUCACCAAGACUGGCAGGCGGAUGUUUCCAGUGCUCAGAGCGAAUGUGAGCGGCUUGGACCCGAACGCUAUGUACUCAGUUCUCUUGGACUUCGUGGCUGCAGACAACAACCGGUGGAAGUACGUGAACGGCGAGUGGGUUCCCGGUGGCAAGCCCGAGCCACAGAGUCCUAGCUGCGUCUACAUCCACCCAGACUCGCCUAACUUCGGAGCGCACUGGAUGAAAGCGCCCGUCUCAUUUAGCAAAGUCAAAUUGUCCAAUAAACUCAACGGGGGAGGACAAAUUAUGCUGAACUCUCUGCACAAGUAUGAGCCCAGGAUACACAUUGUGAAGGUUGGAGGGCUCCAGAAGAUGAUCAGUAGCCAGUCUUUCCCCGAGACUCAGUUCAUCGCUGUCACUGCUUACCAGAACGAAGAGAUCACUGCGUUGAAGAUCAAACACAAUCCAUUCGCUAAAGCUUUCCUCGAUGCCAAAGAGAGAAGCGACCAUAAAGACAUGCCAGACCAUGGUGGAGACAGUCAACAGUCUGGUUAUUCCCAACUUGGUGGUUGGUUUCUACCUGGUAACGGUCCCAUGUGCCCCAGCAGCAGCCCCCCUCCGUUCACCGGGGCCCCUGGCCACUCCUCAGGGUCCUACUGUGAAAGGUACUCCAGCCUGAGGGGCCACAGGGCCGCUCCCUACCCCAGCCACUACCCACACCGCUCCUCCAGCUCAAACAACUACAUGGACAACUCGUCGGGAGCCCUGCCCACCCAUGACAGCUGGUCAGCCCUUCAGAUCCCUAACUCCACCGGGAUGGGAACCCUGGCCCAUACCAGCAACUCCACAUCCAACUCCAGCCAGUAUCCCAGUCUGUGGUCUGUUGCCGGGACGGCCCUAACUCCUUCCGGCUCCUCCUCUGGCUCCAUCUCUGGUGGCCUGACCAGCCAGUUCCUGCGAGGCUCCUCCUACACAGGCCUGACCUCCUCCCUGCCCGUAUCCUCACCAUCCUCCAUGUACGACCCCAGCCUUAGCGAGGUGGGUGUAGGCGUGGGCGAGGCCCAGUUCGAAAGCUCCAUCGCCAGGCUCACCGCCUCCUGGGCACCUGUGGCUCAGAGCUACUGAGCACAGUGCUUCCAUAGCCAUUGACUCUCCUCAACCACCAUCCUAUUCCACAUCACCACCAUCUCCACUCUACUGCCUGACCAUCAGCUAGGAAACGUUUGGGUUGAAGCAGCAACGCCUUUGAAAGGCAGUCAACUCAGAAGAAGAUCUAUCUAAAGCAGAGAGAUGUAGGGUCCUCUCAGGCCUUGUGUUUUACCAACAUGACAUGGUUGAUCUUCCAUUCCAAACACCCGAGACAUUCUAAGCUUAGUCUGAGUGGAAGAGGCAUGUGUUUUUCCGUUGGGAGUUUCCUUCACUCUCUCCAAGGUGCAGUUACAAGCCUAAGACAAUCUGAAUAUACUUCCUCUACAAUUGUUCCAGUUGCUGGUGUGUUACUGUAGUUGUGUCCUUCAGUACAGACAAGAGUACUCCAAGACAAUCGUACGCUGGCGUAAGACAAUCAGGAUCACUAGCUACACAAAGCUAAGUUUGUGAA